CCGACUGCGACAGUUCCACUACGAAUUGCCUAGAGGAGGGGCGUAAGAGAAUUUCUGUUAUACGGAAAUAUGAAAAUAAGAGCACGAAAAGCUAAAUAAAAACGGAAAAGCGCCAACAACAAACACACGUACAUAAGUGAAUAACAAUGUGAACAGUGCGAAAAAGAAAAUAAAAUUUGUUUUUGUUUUUGUUUUGUGUUCGCGAUUUCAGGGUUCGCUUGUGGUUUUAUUUUUGGGCACUUUGAUAUUUGGUGAGUGAAAUUGGUGAAUAGGAAGAUUGUGAGAAAAGUGGCGCGACACUUGUGCUGCUGCUGCGGUUGAUAUUAGUGAUGACAUUCAGGCUAUUAAUGCUCCCGCAAGCCAACGGUGGUGAUUGGUGAUUGGUACGAUAUCUGCCGAUGUUCUAAUGUGAGUUUGCGAAUGUCGCCAAACCAAUUUUUCUUUUAUGGUUUUUGGUGAAUGUGUGAUCAUAACGGGAAAAGUAUAAAGUGCAAAUUUAAAAUUUUUUACAUAAAGAAUGUAAACAAUAAAUGAUGAUUGGCAAAAACGAAACGCAUUUGUGCAUAAAUAAAAACUGCUUCUGAGUGCACUAAACUAAAGCCAAUCGCUCGAAAAACAACUGAGGUAUUUAGCAAAAUAAAAAAAGAAAACAAAGAAAUAAAAAAAUAUACAAUUAUACAAAUAACGAAAUUUUGCCAUAAAAUAUAUGCAAAAAGCGAAAAAGUGAAUAAAAAAUUUAGCUGCAAAUUGGUGGUGUUCAUCUUUACAUAAGUGUAUAUACACAAAUACACACAUACAUACAUGCAAAUUUUUGUUUUUUCGUAAUUGUUGAUGGUGAAUCAGACAAAAUGUUAAAGAAAAAUGAAGAAAAUAAAGCUUUCUAUAUGAUUGUGUUUCCGUGAGAAAAGAAGAAGAACGUUGGGAUAUUUAGCGAUAACAAAGCAAGAAAUAAAAACACACACAAAAAAACUGUUAAUAAUUACCCACUGCAUGGCUUUGCGCCAUUUUCCACUCAGCUACACCGGCGUUGUCCAUAGAGAUUGAGCUAAAUCACAGCUGAGUGGUGCGACGUUGGAAUCCUAUUGUGUAUGCCUAUUAGCGCUUCAGAGAAAAUCAAGAUGGCACUUGCUCAAGCUUACGGAUCUCCAAAAUGGGCUCAGAGCGGUCCUUGUACUUGUGCCACAACAGGUUAAGUUUUUGAAACCAUGCAUUGCGAUAAGGGAAUUAGCGGACUGCUUGUGCAAUAUUUGUUGCUGCUUCAAAUGAUCGUAAAAGGUCAUAGAAAACAUCGCUUGGCAACUCGUAGUGGAAUCCUUGACACCUUCAAGUGGCGAACAGUUUCAAGUUUUUAUAGUACAAACCAUUUUGAUGUCCAGUAAAUUUGUGGCGACAAACUUUUGGCUACACAAUAACCAGAAAAUAGUAAAAAGACUGCAAAAAAAAUUGAGUGAGCAGGGUGCCAGGAAACCGUAACAUUUCGUUUCAGCUGCUAAACUACAGGCAAACAGGCAUACAACUAUAGUAUAUCAAACUUUCAACGAAAUAUUGAUUGCUGUCAUAUCUGCGUGCUGUUGUGUUUAGCUAGGCGGCAGGGGCGGUGGUAUCAACCAAAUCAACGAAAACAAAUCAUCAAAUACGAAUGCUGCCCUUUUUUUGAUUCACAGUGCGACAUUUCAAAAGAUUUACACUUGAAGCUUACGAUUGUUGCGCGUGAAAAAUUGCCAAUGGAGUGCCAUGCGCGCAGGCUGUUGGCGGAAAAAGAGAUCUGGUUGUGUGAAGGUCAUUUUGGAGCAACAUUCAAUGCGGAAUUUCUUAUUUUGCGAUUGAAAACGGUUGUUGAUGUGCCAGUGACAGAUGUCAAGAAGGAGAAAAAAAAGCAAAGCGAAAAGUAAAAAUAUAUGCAAGCAAAAAAAGGGUUUUUAAAAGAAAUGUGCUUACAAGUAAUUGUGGAAGUCAAUUUCAGGAGUAAAAGUUGGAAAACUUAAAAAGCUCUAAAUGACAGUUGGAAACUUAUUAGCUUAUAUAAACAAAAUUAAAUUGUUAGUAAACAAAAAACAAAAGAAAACUUUUUAAAAUUAAAUAUUAAAAAAAAAAUAAUUGUACAUAAAAUCUGGAAGCUCAAUCAGAAACUAAAAGUGUGUGAUUAAGAGCCCAAAUAACGCAAUGCACAUUUUUUUGCCGAAUUCGAAGAAAAUAUUACAAAAAAGGACGAAUUUUGUUGCAUAGUUUAUGUUAUAAAAUAAUAUUAAAUACACAAUUGAAUGCUUGUACGUACUUGAAAGUUGAAAAGCACAGUUCCAUACAGAAGUACUCAUAUUUGAGAUAGUUAAAACAGUUCAAACAAAAAUCCUCACCAAAUUCAAGAAACUUUGAAAAUUUGUGAUUUUUGAAUUAAAUACAAUACCGUUACGUAGAUAGCUUUAGGUCGGGUGUUUUGUGAUAUUUUCAAGCUUUACUACAAAACGCAUGCGAAAAGGUUGGAGUUUACUAAAUUUUUGUUUUUCAAAUUCAAGAAAGCCUUAAACUAUAUUUACAAGAACUUAGAAAUUAGAAUGGUAAUUUUCAAUUAAUUUAAACGAGAACACGUUUUGAUAAGUAAAAGUCAUAAUUAGUUUCAAUUAAGUUAAGUCAAAAAAAAGCUGUGAGAAGUAAAUUAAAAUUUUGUAAAAAGGAACAAACUUACAUAAAAUACAUUGGUAGAAAUUAAAAAAAAAAAACAAAUUCUUGAACACAAGUAGUUGACGAAAGCCGAUUUCGGUGCGCCAUUACUUUGAAAAAACCAAAAAAACAAAAAACUUCAAAAGACUGUUUGUGCUGAUCAGCCAGUGCUAACUAGGAAAUUAAAUUUCUCAAACCACUAACAUCGAUUUAAAAUUUACGAAUUGACUACAUAUUUCGUCUAGCAUUUAAUUCCUCCACCUGUCCAGUAAUAAAAGGUGAAUUUUUGAAAUAUUUCAACCUAGUGCCACUACCUCUUACAAAUUUGUUUUUGAUCCCUCCGUUUUGCAGGCAGGGCAAAAUUUAGUCUCUAGAAAGUUCGCCUUCACAGCAUUAACCGAUGACUGAGUUCAAUGCAUCGCGCGAAUUUUACCCGGACAUUUUUCAUCAAGUAAAAUCAUUGCUACGCAUACAGGAUAAUCUGCAACAAGAUAGUGCACUGCUGCCUCCAGCCGAUGUUGUCGCUGAUAGUUCCACGCACGAUUAUGAUGCGUCACCGAUUAAUCUGCAGGAUUUCAUACAGAGCGUAUCGGGCAAUGAUGUUUUCGUCGAGUAUGCGGCACCCACUGAUUCCACAACAUUUGCGUUUGGCAGUAGCACUGCAGAUGGUGGCGCCAUACCGGAAACCUUCUUCCCCCAGCUGACACAGAAUUUCACUUUCCCAGAUUUCUAUGCCAACGAGACGCACGAUGCGUUGUGCAUGGAUGUUUACCAUCCGGAUGAUGAAACCCGUCUUGAGUUCUGGGUUUGCGGUGUCGUAUUGAAUAUUGUUGGUAUAUUUGGCAUUAUUGGUAAUGUAAUUUCUAUGAUUAUACUUUCGCGCCCGCAGAUGCGUUCAAGUAUCAAUUAUCUGCUCAUCGGCUUGGCCCGUUGUGAUACGACACUCAUCAUUACGUCCAUGCUGCUCUUCGGUAUACCCUGCGUAUAUCCUUAUUCAGGUUAUUUCUUCUACUACUAUAAUUACAUUUACCCAUUUAUUUCGCCUGUGGUGUUUCCCAUUGGCUUAACGGCGCAAACGGGCAGCAUCUAUAUGACGUUCACAGUGACACUGGAGCGUUAUGUGGCGGUGUGCCAUCCGCUCAAGUCGCGUGCCCUCUGCACAUAUGGACGCGCCAAAAUCUACUUUAUUAUAUGUUGUAUAUUCUCGCUGUUUUAUAAUCUGCCACGCUUUUGGGAAGUCAUGACAGUCAGCUAUCAGCCUGAGGGCAGCGAUAUAGUAUAUCACUGCAUACGCCCUUCACCUUUGCGACAAAAUCAGUCUUACAUCAAUAUCUAUAUACACUGGUGUUAUCUGAUUGUCAACUACAUCAUACCAUUCCUGGCAUUGGCCAUACUCAAUUGUCUGAUAUAUCGUCAGGUUAAGCGUGCGAAUCGUGAACGCCAGCGGCUAUCGCGCUCUGAGAAACGUGAAAUCGGUUUGGCGACUAUGUUGAUUUUUAUUGUGAUAGUUUUUUUUCUAUUGAACUUUCUUGCACUUGUAGUGAAUAUUAACGAGGCGUUCUAUCAUACAAUCGAUCAUUCGCUAACGAAAAUUUCCAAUUUGCUAGUGACGUUAAACAGCAGUGCAAAUUUCCUCAUCUAUGUUAUAUUCGGGGAAAAGUUCAAACGUAUAUUCCUGUUGAUUUUUUUCAAACGCCGCUUCAGCCGCGAUCAACCCGACCUUAUUCAUUACGAGAGUUCCAUUUCGAACAAUGCCGACGGCACGAUAAACCAUCGCUCAUCGGGCCGUUUUUCACGACACGGCACACAACGCAGCACCACUGGUACAUACCUAGUAACCGGCAGCGGUUCGAACAAUAGUACGUUGAAAAAUGUGCGGCUCUUGCAGACCGGAUCGCCAGGUGUGGUGAAGAUCAAACGAAAUCGUGCACCUUCGCCGGGCCCAGUUGUUUACUACCCGGCAAGGGACAUUCAGCGCACGACUGUUGUGACGCCGGUGGUGUUAGCAUCGAACAACAACAAUGCGCUUAGUUGCGAUUGGACCGAUGGAGGAAAUGGGCAGAUGACAUCGGGUAUCUGAGAUCGUUGGCACAGCAGAGAUCAGAUGUGGUUGGGCGGCGAAUGUGUUAGAAGUGAAAGUGCAAGCUGUAAAUAAGUUUGGGAAAUGUGGUGAGGAAUGAAAGAGAAGCUGAUAAACAAAAAGUGAAAUAUUUUGUUAAAAACUUAGUAUAAACGAUUAUGAAUGCAUUCUUUCAGAUGGAAAUGCUUGGUUUUGUGCCGUAAAUUAGAAAGCAGCUUCUCUUUCAUUACACCUUUUCAAACAUUAAUUUUCAAACAUAAUUCAUUACAAAACCACUAUCGGAAAUAUUUUAAAAUAGUAUACCUACUUUUACAGUUGACUACUUCAAGAUAAUAUGCUCCCCGUUAACUCUCCCUUCUGAAAACAAAUCACUAUAGUUAUAGGUCUUACUAUUCGGAAGUGCGUCGGUUUGAAUAUCCAUGCAUGAAACACCAAAAUAAAGAAAUAGUUUUCUCUAAUAGCGGUCGCCCCUCGGCAGGCAAUGUCAAACCUCCGAGUGUAUUUAUGCCAAGAAAAAACUCCUCAUAAGAAACCAUUUUCGGAGUUGGCUUAAAACUGUAGGCGCCUAAACGAUGUGUACGCUCCAAUUAUUUUUUUUAAGUUAUAGCCGAAUAGUUCCGACGAGAUACACACUCACGACCCGAAUCGCCAUAGGAUUAUACGGAUAACAGUACAGUACAGAUAAAAGUACAGUUACAACUAAGAGAUAUCCAAUUCACAGGGUGCAUACGAUAUUUCAGGACAACUUGCCAGUAAAACUAUUGAAUAUGGGAAUAAGUUUCGGCCCUCAUAAAAGAGGUACUGCUGCUGAUACUAUUUUUGUAAUCACUCUAGUAAUACACUGAUGAUUUGAAGGUGUAUAUGUGAGGUCUCGAUCGCAGUAGUUGACAUUCGUUGGAAGCGUAAAGAUCCUUUUUAUCUGACGUCAAAAACGUCUAGGUUCGUCCCGAAAAAACAGCAUUCGCGGUAAGUGAUGCUUCAUUAUUACCUUUUAAAGAAGAGUGCAGCUGAAACGCGUCGUAUAUUGGUCAAUAUUAACAGUAAUCACGAUCCAUCAAAUACAACUUGUAAAGAGUGGUUUCGACGCUUCCAAACUGGCAAUUUCGACGUGAGUAAUAAAUAUCGCGAAGGGGUACCGAAAAAAGUCGAAGAUGCUCAACUACAACAAUUAUUGGAUGAAGACGCAUGUCGAACCCUUGAUGAUAUGUCUAAAGAGUUGGAUGCUGACACAUCAACCCUCGGUAAACGUUUGCACGCGUUUGGGAAGGGUUCAGAAAGCAGGUAACUGGGUAUCACAUCAAUUGAAGGAGAGGGAGAGACGUCUGGUGACGUGUGAGAUGCUUCUUGAACGGCAAAAAAGAAAAAGUUGUCUGAUCCCAUCGUCACUGGCGAUGAAAAAUUGAUCUAUUAUGAAAAACCUAAGCGUCAAAAAUGUUGCAACCUGCCAGGUCAACCAGGUCCAUUGACUGCGAUAAAAAAUGUCAAAGGUUAUGUGGUGCAUCUGCUGGGACCUAUUAUGAACUCUUUAAACUAUCCGAAACCAUCACUGGCGGUCAUUAUCGACUGCAGCUAAUGCGUUUGAAUGGAGGUCUCAAAGAAAAACGGCCAGAAUGGGACGAUAGACAUGACAAACUGAUUUUGCUGCAUAACAACGCCAGGGCAAAAGUUGCUAAAUCGGUCCAGAAAUAUUUAGAGGGACUGAAAAGGGAAAUCUUGCCUCACCUGCCGUAUUCCCCAGACAAUGCAUCUUCGGAUUACCAUCUGUUCCGAUCGAUGCAAUCAGCCCUUAUUGGAGAGCGGUUUACUUCUUACGAGAGCAACGCAAACUGGCUUAAUGAAUGGAUCAAGUCAAUGCAACUCCAAUUUUUCGUCAGAGAAAUUUGUAUUCUGACUGAAAUAUGGAGUCAAGUUGUAGCUUCCAAUGGAAUACACUUCACAUAAUAUCAAGUAUUAUUUAAUUGUUUGAAUAAUUCGUAACUUUGGUUAAGAAAGAACGGAAACUUAUUCCCAUACCUCUGUUUUUAUUGGAACACAGCGAUCUGUCCUUUUGGUGAUUUCAGCGAUUGGCCUUUUGAUCUUGGUCAACAUUUUUUUCCGAACUAAUCGCAAAAGAAAUCGAUAAUUUCACGAGCUGUGGGACUAGGGGUGCUUCACUGCUUAUACUAGAGAUCACUUUGAAUUUAUAAUUAAACAGUCUUUAGUAGCAUUUUUGAGGAAAGUAGCUAAUAACCGCAUGCCAUAAUUUUGCUGGGAUUAGUAACGCGUAGAUGCGUAUGCAUUGUGUAGCACACUCUCAUCCACAUACUCUGUUUUUCCAUUUUCGAAAAGUAUUGGGAAAUAUAAAACCGUUUACAAAAAAAUCGUAUGUGUAUCGAAUAAGGUGUGAGUGACUGUAUAGCAGUUUCCAAUAACCAAUGUGUGUGUUUUUUUUCUCAGAAAUAAUCUGUUUUGUAGUGCCUAUCUUUGCAAUCUCACUCAUAUCGUUUUUCCCCCUGUUUCUUUAUUAUAUGAUUCUGAUUAGUUGGCCUAUCUGCUGCAGUCAUCGGCGGCAGUCCAGGAUUAAAGUUAAAUGAGAACAAAACUGUAAUUGUAGCCUAAAGACAUCACUAAUACCACUCCUCAUAGGGGCAUUUUGGAGAGAGAAAUGCUAUUUUGUUGCAAGUGCAUAUCAUUCCGAAAGGAUAUGACGUGACACUAGUCAAGAUUUUGUGCAAGAAAUAGCUGUUCAUAGCAAAACAAUAUAUGUUAUAAAAAUUCCCCUGUGUUACCAGCACCUUUUACAAACAUACUAUAUGUAGGUAUGUAUGGUAGGUAUGAACAGCAAACAUGUCGAACUCAUUUGCUGGAAAACCAAAUAAUUGGUGAUGAAAUUCAUGAAAUUUUCCCACUACUUACCAUAAAUACUUCAAAACAUACAUACAUGUUGAACAGUUAUACCAGAAAAACCAUAGAAAAAAUAAUAAAUACAAUUAAAGUUAGUUAUUACCCCAAAUAGUUAUUACCUAUAAAAUGCAGUCUGAUACGAAGUUUGGUCAGAACAAUCACAAAACCAAAACUUUGCCAUAAAUAAAAACCUGCUAUAAUCUAUGUACACAUACCAGUAUAUGUAUUGUGAAAUGAAUAUGUAUUGAAUGUAAUUACAGCUAUUAACAGACGAAUUUAUAUAUGUAUUGAUGUCUGACAGUCACUGAUGUUCAAUGUGUGUAGAAAAUUUACAGUUAAACACUUUUACUAAUUCUUAGCGCAUUCGCUCCCCGUCAAUAUAUAUGUACGAGUAUGUAUAAUAUAUGUACGUAUGUGUCUAUAAUGUAUGUAUUUAUGUAUAUUAUAUGUAUUUAUGUAUAUUAUAUGUAUUUAUGUA